UUUCUCAACAAAUACCGAUAUGGCUGCUGCAAACUAUCUGCAAUCUGAAGAUCAGUUUCUGUGCUCCAUCUGUCUGGAUGUGUUCACUGAUCCUGUCACCAUACCAUGUGGACACAACUUCUGCAAGAACUGCAUCACAGAACACUGGAAUACCAAUGACCAGCAUCUGUGUCCCCUGUGUAAGGAGGGUUUUACCACAAGACCUGAUUUGAGAGUCAACACUUUUAUCUUUGAGAUGGUUGCUCAGUUCAGACAGUCAGCUCAACAGAACGCCAGCAGCAGCUCAGAGCAACACGUCUCCAAACCAGGAGAAGUUCCCUGUGACGUCUGCACUGGAACCAAACUGAAGGCCCUGAAGUCCUGCCUUGUGUGUCUGGCAUCCUACUGUGAGACUCACCUGGAGCCUCAUCUGACAGCUUCACGGCUGACAAGACAUCAGCUGAUUGACCCUGUGGAGAACCUGGAAGGCAGGAUGUGUACGAAGCACGAUAAACCUCUGGAGCUGUUCUGUAAGACCGACCAGACAUGUGUCUGCACGCUCUGCCCUUAUUCAGAUCACAAGAUGCAUGAUGUUGUUAAUCUGAAAGAAGAAUAUGAAGGAAAGAAGGCAGAGCUGGGGAAGAAAGGGGCUGAAAUUCAGCAGAUGAUCCAGAAGAGACGACUGAAGAUUCAGGAGAUCAAACACUCAGUCGACCUCAGUGAGGAAAAUGCAGACAGAGAGAUAGCAGAAGGUGUUCAGGUCUUCACUUCUCUGAAGGAGUCUGUUGAGAGAGGCCUGAAUGAACUCAUCAACACGAUCGACGAGAAGCAGAAAACAACAGAAAAACAGGCCGAAGCUUUCAUCAAAGAGCUGGAACAGGAAAUCUCUGAGCUGAUGAAGAGAAGCACUGAGGUGGAGCAGCUCUCACGCUCUGAAGACCACCUCCAUCUUCUCCAGAGUGUUCAAUGCCUAAACAUCCAACAACCUCCACCCACCAAGGACUGGACAGAGGUCAGCGUCGGUCCAUCAUCAUAUGAGGGGACUGUGGUGAAAGCUGUGGUUCAGCUGGAGGAGACACUCAGUAAAGAGAUGAAGAAGCUGCUCGCUGAGUCUGAGCUGAAGAGGGUCCAGCAGUAUGCAGUGGAUGUGACUCUUGAUCCUGAUACAGCACAUCCUAAUCUCAUCCUGUCUGAUGAUGGGAAACAAAUGAAUCAUGGUGAUGUGAGGAAGAAUCUCCCAGACAACCCAGAGAGAUUUUCUAAUUGUGUAUUUGUUUUAGGACAACAGAGUUUCUCUUCAGGCAGAUUUUACUUUGAGGUUCAAGUUAAAGGAAAGACAAAAUGGGAUUUAGGAGUGGCCAGAGAGUCGAUCAACAGGAAGGGAAGCAUCACACUGAGCCCCAAGAAAGGUUUCUGGACUAUAGUGUUGAGAAAUGGAAAUGAGUACAAAGCUGCUGAUGACCCUUUAGUCCUUCUCUCUCUGAAAUCUCCUCCUCAGAAGGUGGGGGUGUUUGUGGAUUAUGAGGAGGGUCUGGUCUCCUUUUAUGACAUAGAUGCUGCAGCUCUUAUCUACUCCUUUACUGGCUGCUCCUUCACUGAUAAACUCUUCCCAUACUUCUGUCCCUGUCUUAAUGAAGGUGGUAAAAACUCUGCCCCUCUGAUCAUCUCUCCUGUCAAAAUAAACUAAUCACUGAUCCCAUUU